CACAAAUCUGGACUGCAACCGUCACGGCCACUUGCAUUGAAAGUCCAUGUAUACGUCGUAAAAUCGGUGUACGAGACCAAUGCCAUUGACAGAGACCCGUCUUUCAUAUUUUGCGACUUCCAUGUAACUUUACUCCUGUCCAAAAGCAACAUUCUGGAAGGAUGGCAGAUACACUGCUUGCCAUUUUGCUCGUGACGACCUCCGCAAAAGAGGCGAAUCUCGUGUAUCAGUGGCCCGCAAAUCCUGAGUCUCUUCCAAGAUUGAGCCGUCCAUAUCCAGAGAAUACUUCGGACCUUCGACUCCGUGCGCAAAUCAACGAGUCCGAAUAUGCAUGGAAACGUACCCAAUCCGUGCGCGACAGGUCGACUUCCUUGACCCGUUCAUCAUCUCAUCCUCCUUCGGGAAGGAACUCGCCAACCCAAGAUCUAGAUUCUACAUCCGCCAAGGAUGAAUACAACGCCCUCUUCGGAUACUCGUCAUCCUUCCUAGCGGGCCUUCUAUGCCCCCAGAGGUCCAUGUGCCACCAGAAAUGCGAAUUGCUUGUCGACGAUCUCGCUUUUGUCGGGCACCCUGUCUGCGAUGACGCGGAUGGUGAAUGGCACUUCAAACCCGAGAGCCCCGCUAGAGGGAGGGAGGAACGAAGUCCAGGGUCCGAUGUUGAGACAAGCCCAGUUUUACAGCAAAAGGCGCCAUCCAAGUCAACCUGGCUCCAGACCUUCAAUUUUGUAAUUGUCCUCGACCUACCGCAUCCUUCGUCCUCUACGUCGGGAAACUAUCUGAAGUACAUAGAGAUUGUGUACGAACAGAUCGUUUUCACGAUGACUGCCGUCCUUUUUCAAGAACAAGUCCUACACAAUUUCGUCGAGGAAGAAUGUGACAAACUGGGUUCGCUCAAGGAUAGCUGCAUGGCAAAAGGAGAACCAUUCUCAAACUUUAUGACCCAGGCUUUGGAAGUUUCAUCUAUAGCGCCGGCCAUGAAAACGCUUUACGAAGCUGUCAAAUUGUCUUCGAUGGCCUACGUCGCGAUCAAUAAUAUUCCUCUGGAGCUGCAGCUUCCGCCAUUCCUGGAUCGAAUCCUCUAUACUGAAGACGACGAUCUCCAUCAGCCCGAGGACGAAGAAUGGCAGAGUUGGGGACCUGAAAUGGCUUUUGGCUGGAAACUUCCGGCGUUGGCGCCUUGGAAAAGUUUGCUGUUGUUGGAUGACUCCCUGAACCUCAGAACACCUCACAUCGACGGCAACGAUCACAACUUGAUUGAAGGCCUUGUAAGAUUUAUGGAGAUCGCUUCGAUUACACUUUCACUUGCCGACAUGGGUACUCUGUUAGACUGGGACCUGGAGACGCAGUUGUUCCCGACCGUUCGCUGGCUCGUCCAGCAUCGGCGAGCGAAGGUUGUCGACAUUGUACACACCGGAUUGAAGACUUUGUUCAUUCUUCCCCCGAAACUCCCGGCACCUAUAUCGCAACUGUCGGAGGAAUUCGAGAGAGAGUUUGCCCAACAGCCAGUUUCUUCUCUUCCCGAAAUACUCUCUGCGAUAUCGACCUCAUCUGGUACCCAAUUCUUCGACGUCGUUGUCCAGUCCAAGGCCCUCAUACCGUCGUAUCAAAGCGUGAUCUCAUGGAUGCUCCAACGCGACCUGCUCGUCACUCUCCACCUCCGCGUACGCAUAGUCGCCACCAAGGAGCUCAAAUUACGCGUCAAGCAUCGCAUUGAGAACGCCCGGGCGAAGAAGGCCAACAGAAGCCUGAGCAAGCUCUCCCAGGAAGCCGACACGGACUCCUCGUCUCCUAUUGCACCGGGGAUGAUGUGGCUCUCUUUAUCGCCAAAGGCUGCGCACGCGUAUUCACGACGCCGUCUAUCUCCUGAAUCUGAGAGGGGCCAAGUGGAAGCUGACGACCCAGAGGAACUCGAGGAGGAGCAGGAGCAGGAGUGGGAUUCUGGAUGGGACGCGAAUGACGAUGAUUUGACGUCGUCCAUAAUCAAGGACCCCAGUCGUGCGACGCCUCUGCAGCGACAGUGGCUCUCAGCUAUGUCGGAGGGCAAGGACGCGCACAUCGCUAAGCGAUUUGAUCACAUCAAUCAGUAUUUUGACGGGAAGCGUACGGACGAUGAGAUCUUGUAUCGCGCUGAAAUAUCGCGCAAGCAGCUUCGUCAACUGCUCCACCAUUACGACGAAUAUCUUCAAACUUUCUUACACCCAUCAUAAUAUCGCCAGGAUUAUAUAUCGACAGUAUCAAUGUCUUUUAUAUCUGUACACGAAUUAUGAACAUGCAGCAGUUACCUCCCUAUACACAUUAUACAACAAUCAAGCGUCUG